AUGGCUACUAAAAUUGGAUCUCUCAGGCCAGCAUGGGUUUUCGCUCUGCUAUGCAUCUCGCUCUCCAUGAGCACGAACCCAUCUUGGCAUGCAGCUGCAAAACAAAUCUCUUACUCCGACCACUGUGCUUCAAUUGUCCCUGAAGCCGCUCCCAACAUGUAUUCACGAGCCACCAUGCCACUCUCCGACUAUCAUCAAGCUGCUUACUACUAUCAUCAAGCUGCUUACUACACUGGUGGCGAAAACAUUCUAGGACCCUCCUCUUCUAGGACGUCCAAUUCCGUCUCAUUUCGUGUUCGCAACGUCUACAAGACCGAUUGCGCCGGGGUGCUCAAGGUCGAAGCAGACCUGAGAAUCCAAAUCUCGGGUUACGACUACUAUGAUGGAGGAGACUACUACGGGUAUGGUCAGACAUACUUAGGAGCCACUCCUGUAAGGGCGGCCAAUGGUCGGCGCUGGACUAGGAGUUCCAUCACUUUCCAGUUAGAAGGUCUCUGGUCGGAAUCUUCGGGGAAGCUCUGUAUGGUUGGGUCCUCUCUCUCGAGACGAGGUGACUCUCUGAAUCUUGAUGUUGUGCUUAAGCUCAAUAAUGUAAACAAUUCUGCUAGUGUCACUAGCUUAUUUACUGGCAUUUUGGAGAGUUUGAGUCCUUCAGAUGACAAGAAUUAUUUUGAUGCCAUAUCGAUGUUGAUGUUUCCUCGGAAAAAUUACAAGUACAGUUUGGUUUCUGGGAAACUCAAUAAUGGGAAGAGCAAUCUUUCGCCGGGUUUAGCACCCCGGAGUGGAAGCUUCUGUUCGGCUUUCCAGAACCAAGGCAGAGAACUCUAUCUUAAAUAUGCACCUGAUUGUAGUCCUGUCAAACACUGCACACCCGUCUCGGGCCCUUCAGGAUACUUGCCCCCUGUGAUGUCCCUCGAUGAAAUCGAUUGUUCCGAAGGUGAACGGAAGAUGCGGGUGUUGCUGCAAUAUUCAAACAAUAGCGACUUUGGGUACUAUGGAAAGUUCAAUCCGAACUCAACGUUGGUUGGAGAGGCGACGUGGGAUGAGAAUAAGAACCAACUGCAGAUCAAAGCCUGUCAAAUCAACGUGGCAGGAUCUUUCUCGACUGCUCGUGUUGAGGAUUGUUCGGUCCGCAUUGAGUUGAUGUUCCCAGGAGUGUGGUCAAUCAGGGAAAGAGACGUCAUUUCAGGUCGCAUAUGGAGCGAGAAGAGCCAGAAGGAUUCAGGUUAUUUCCCAGACAUUAUGCUCCGAGGCACUGAAAGCAGUCUUUGGGAGUUUCCAGACUGGAAGUAUAAGUAUACUAAAACCGAGAGCGUAAGGAAGCAGUGCCCAGGAAAGAAUGAUCGGAAAAGUGGAAGAGAAAGAUAUCCGAAUUGGUACUCUCUGGAUAUGAGGUUCGGCAUGUUGGUCAAGAAUUCUGAAGGAAAAAUAGGCAGCGGAUAUUCUUACCCUCUCUUUGUUGACGACCAAAAGUAUGAGCAAAAUGCUUAUGACAUGUCGGCUUCCAGAUUAAAUACAGCGACUUCUGUAAUUGGGCAUAAGACUUCCACUGUUGACAGUCACUCAACCUCAAGCAGCGAGGCCCGAUUCAAUAUCUCGUACCACAUUGGCUUCACGGGACUGCAACAUGUGAAGGGCAAGAGCAAAAAUGCUGUUUUUAAUCAGUCUUGGAGUUCAAAUGACCGAGUGGAGAUUUCUGCAGAAGGGGUUUAUGAUGCUGAAACCGGUGACCUAUGUAUGGUGGGAUGUAAAAGUGUUGUCUCAACCGUGGAGCAGCGAGCCGACAUUUCUCUGGACUGUGAUAUUCUAAUCAAAAUGCAGUUUCCUCCCUUGAAUUCGAAGAGAAAGCAAGUUUAUAUUGUGGGAACUAUUGAGAGCACGAGGGACAGAUCCGAUCCGCUUCAUUUCGAGAGGCUGAACGUGACUUCCGAUGCUCCUUAUAUGGAGGAUGCGAGGCGCUUUUUCUGGAGGUUGGACCUCGAGCUCUCUCUUGUCCUUGCUUCUAAUACAUUCUUGUGCAUCUUCAUCGGCCUACAGAUCUUUCACGUGAAAAGGCACCCCGAGGUGCUUCCCUUCGUUUCUGUUGCCAUGCUCGUGAUUCUCACUUUAGGCCAAGCGAUCCCUCUCGUGCUCAAUAUCGAAGCCUUGUUCCUGUACAAUCGGAACAGGCAGAACAUUUCUCUCGGAAGUGGUCAAUGGCUCGAAGUGAACGAGGUGUUGGUGAGGGUAGCCACAAUGAUAGCUUUCUUGAUGCAAUUCCGUCUUCUCCAGCUGAUUUGGGCCGCAAGAAAGGUGGACGGGGUCGGGGCGGGCUUGUGGUUCCAAGAAAAGAAGGCUUUGAUCGUCUCUUUGCUGUUAUAUGCCGUCGGAGCACUGGCGGCUAUUAUCUUUAGCUGGAGCAGCUGGUCUGAUAACACGGCUAUUGAUCCCGCUUUUGCAGGUUUUACAAGCAACAGCCAGGGCUUCUCCAUCUGGGGAGGCUUGAAAUGUUACGCAGGACUAAUCUUGGAUGGCUUUCUCCUGCCUCAGAUUCUGCUCAACGUCUUCAGGAACUCAUCUGAGAGGGCCCUUUCAGAUUCUUUUUACCUCGGAACGACCUUGGUUCGGCUGCUACCGCACGGUUACGAUCUCUUCAGGGCUCAAAGCUACUUGCCACAAGUCUACGGGUCGUACAUCUAUGGAACUCCGGGAGGAGACUUCUAUUCGACUGCUUGGGAUGUGAUCAUUCCUUUAGGAGGGCUCGUUUUCGCAGCGAUCAUCUUCUUGCAGCAGCGCUUCUGUGGCGCUUGUAUCCUGCCCAAGAGGUUCCGAAACUAUGUAGCUUAUCAGAAGGUACCCGUCGUCGAUGACGCGCAGAUAUGA